CUUCGCCCGACCUCGGCUCGUGCUCCUCUUCCGAGAGGACAAACUUCUCCCCUGACACACCCACCCUUCGGACUUUCGAUGUCUUCUCGCUCGUCUCGACACAGGUCCACCCGCUCGCGAUCGCGCUCGCGCUCACGCGAGUCUCGCCAUCGGGGGCGCCACGGCGAGCGUGAUGACUACCGGUCCUCGUCGCAGCAAGACCGCGGGCGUGAUCGCGAUCGCGAUCGCGGCGACCACCGCGACCAUCGCGACCGCCGUGACUCGCGCGAAUACCGCGACCAUCGGGACAGCCGAGGCCACCGAGACCGCCGGGACUCGCGCGAUCGUGACCGCGAUCGCGACUGGGACCGUGAGCGCGAGCGCGAUCGCGACCGCCGAUCCUCCUCGUCGGCCAGCUACCGGUCCGGCUCGCGGGACCGUUCGCGUGAGGCCUCCGGGCGCGACCAUCCUCGCCCCAUGUCCCCCGAGCUGCCGGUCUCGCCUACUGCCCCGGCGGCGGCACCAGUGGGCGCGGCCACUUCGCCUGCCCAUGUUCAGCCCACUGCCUCGGCUGUUCCAAUGAUUCCCCUCCCUGCGGCCGCUCCCCUUUCGACCGUGCCCACUGUCGACCCUGCCGAGGAGGAGCGCCGCCGUCGGCGAGAGCGCAUCGCCGCCUGGAAGGCCUCCCAGGCCAUGGCUUCGGCGACGGCCCCGCCGGCCUCGGCCCCGGUGCCGCCGCACCUGUCUACCAAUCCCGAAUCUCCGGAUGGCACGGCUAUCGCCGCGGCGAUGGCCGCCGCCUCGGCCGCCGCCGUGGCUGCCGCCGCCGCCGUUCCCCUGGUCACCCCCAUCACUGUGCAGCCCCCCCGGCAGCCGAUCGCCUCGCGCCCGGAACUCCUGAUGCAGCUGUCGGACUUCAGCCUUUCCGGCCCGGAGCAGCCUGUGACUGCCGUGUCGGCCGCGACACCGACCACCGAGUCGACCUCGGCCCCUUCGGCCGCCACUCGGCGCUCGGUCCUCUGGAGCGACGAUGAGGAUGAUGAUAUGGCUGAUGGUUCUGCUGCCUCUGAGGCUGCCAUGGAGCUUGAUGGCGAGGGCCAAGAGGGUUCCACUCGGGCGGCUGACCAUGCACCUGUGGCCCCCGAGGGCGAGGGCCGCUCCAUUGCCGGGCGCGCUGCCCCGUCUACGGGAUCAAUCUUCUCCUCCUCGACAAGCCCAUCCAAUCCCCCAUCGGCCACUCUCGCGGCCGAUCCCGCACUGGCAGCUGACUCGGUGGUCGACCCCCCUCCUUCCACCGCCACCGCCAGUGGCGGCGCCUCCACGGCUGCCGCCACUGGCGGUGCCCCCUCUGGUGCAUCCAGCUCGGCGACGGUCACCGUUACCGAUGUUGACGAUGACAUUGACCCGCUGGACGCCUUCAUGAUGAAUCUCCAGCAGGAGAGCGAAGCUGACCGGCGCACGUCCCAGCCCACGACCAGCGCCAGUGGUUCCGGUGGUGCGGAGCCCUCCAGCUCCACGCAGUCUUUCGGCACCGGGGUGGACCUCGGCGCUGGGGAUGCUGUCGUGCGCGAUGUUUCCCUGUUCGAUGAUGACUCGGACCCCGACAGCGAGAAGGAGGAAGAGGAGGACGACAUUAUGGCCAAGAUCCAGCGCGAUGCUCGCCGGCGCAUCUUGAUGCCGGUCGAUCAUGACAGCAUUGAGUAUGCCCCCUUCCGCCGGUCCUUCUACAUGGAGCCCCAGGAGCUGACCCAGAUGUCCAAGCACGAAGUGGACGAGCUGAUGGCCGACAUGGGUGGCAUUAAGGUCCAUGGGCGGAAUGUCCCGCGUCCGGUGACCAAGUGGAUUCACUGUGGCCUGGACAUCUCCAUUAUGGAGGUCAUCAAGGGGCUCGGUUUCGAGGCACCGACGCCGAUCCAGGCACAGGCCAUUCCAGCGGCCAUGUCCGGGCGCGACGCGAUUGCCAUUGCCAAGACCGGCUCCGGUAAGACGCUGGCCUACCUGCUGCCGAUGUUCCGUCACAUCAUGGAUCAGCCGCCACUGUCCGGUGAUGAUGGCCCGAUUGGGCUGGUCAUCAUCCCCACGCGUGAGUUGGCUGUGCAGAUUUACCAGGUGUGCCGGCGAUUCUGCAAGGUCCUGGGCAUUCGGCCGGUCUGUGCAUACGGUGGUGUGUCGGUGAGCGAGCAGAUCGCCGACUUGAAGCGCGGGGCAUCCAUCUUGAUUGCCACCCCGGGUCGCCUGAUCGAGCUGCUCUGCGCCAACAAUGGCCGAGUGACCAACCUUCGUCGAGUGACGUAUCUGGUGCUGGAUGAGGCGGAUCGGCUAUUUGACGGCGGCUUCGAGCCGCAAGUCAUGCGUGUCGUGCGCAAUACCCGGCCCGACCGACAGACGGUCGUCUUUUCCGCCACCUUCCCUCGGACGAUGGAGGCAUUGGCCGUGCGCAUUCUCAAUGACCCUGUGCGCAUUGUGGUUGGCGGCCGGGCGGUGGUUCCGCCGAGCGUGCGGCAGCACAUCGAGGUGGUUCCGGAGGACGAAAAGUUCCUCAAGCUCCUGGAGAUCCUCGGCAAGUAUCAUGAUGGGACCAACCGCGGCAUCAUCUUCGUCGAGCGCCAGCAAAGCGUCGAUCGACUGUUUGCCACUCUCCAGUCGCACCGGUAUUCGUGUCUGUCGCUGCACGGCGGCAAGGACCAGUCCGACCGAGACGAUACCCUCUCAGAAUUCAAGGCCGGCCGAGUGCCGCUGCUGGUAUCGACGUCGCUGGCGGCUCGCGGCCUGGACGUGCGCAAUCUGACCUUGGUCAUCAACUACGACUGUCCAAACCAUUAUGAGGACUAUGUGCACCGGUGUGGCCGCACAGGACGCGCUGGAACCGAGGGAGACGCCUUCACCUUCAUCACGCCAGAGCAGGACCGCUUCGCCAAUGACCUGGUGCAAGCGCUGAAGCGCAGUGGUCUGGAAGUGCCAGAGCCUCUGCAGGAGCUGUAUGACUCCUUCAUGGACAAGCGUCGACAGGGCUUUGCCCAGAUCCAGGGCAGCGGCUUCAGCGGCAAGGGUCUCGAGCGCAUCGAGGUCAAGCGCAUCGAGUAUCACCGGACGCAGCGCAAGGCUCACGGGGAGGGCGACGAUGAAGAGCUCGAGCGUGACGCCGUGGCCCUCGGCGGCCCGGACUCCGCCCUCGGCUUCGACACUGACAAGGCCACUCGGCGGAAGCCCAGCACCAAGGAACUGGAGGCGCGCCGUGCCAAUGCCGAAGAAAUCCUCCGGAAGGCCGGUCUCACGGCAGCCGCGCCGCCGGUCGAGACAGCAGCCCCAUCGCCUGCCGGCCCGGUCAGCCUCAGCACCGGUGGUGUCCGGUCAUCGGCGGAGCUGCUCCAGCGCAAGGAGCCCGGCACCAUCGGCCUGGCCCCCUUCCAUCAAAUCAUCGAGAUCAACGACUAUCCCCAGCGCGCCCGGUGGCGAGCCACCAAGAAGGAGAACCUGCGCGAGAUCAACGAGGAGACCGGGUGUGCCAUUACCACUCGUGGUACUUUCAUGGAUCCUUCGCGCCCGGUUCCGGCCGCCAUGGCCAAGGAGCCCAAGCUCCAUCUCCUGGUGGAGGGACACGACGAGGCCUCGGUCAACCAGGCCGUCCGGCAGAUCAAGGCCUUGCUGGACGAUGCCACCCUGGUGGCCAUGCAGAAGAACGAAUUCCUCCCGGGGAUGAACAUGCUCCUUGGUGGUCCGUCCGGCUCGGGCCGGUACCUUACGCGCUGACCUGCUGAGUCUCUGUCCCGUUUUCUCCUCAAGCCCUGCAGGUGUACCAGUGUAUCUCCCUCUCCCUCCCUCCCUCCCUCCC